UCACUCUCGUCGCAGUUGCUGCCGUUCCUCAGCUGUAUAUCGUCAUUCCUUCGUUUUUGCCACGGCGCCGCCGACGCCGCCGGUCUCUAGAAUCUGCACAGAAAAACAUAUAACGAAGGCGAAAGAUACGGUAUUUUCUUCCUCUUUUUAAAACUGCUCCGAAAACCCAAGCUUUGCUCUCAUUCACCUAGCUGAUUCGAAGAUGCCACGAAAACCUUCCGGACAUCGGUUGUUACCAGUUCGGCCUUUGACUUUCUCACCGUUUGCUCGUUCUGUUGCUCGAGUUGCCACUGCUUACAUGGUUAAACAUCACGUGCGUGAUGCCAUGCAGCAUUCUGCAGGUGAUGAAUUUAAGAAGUUGAAAAAGGUAGACAGACAAUCCGAGUCAUCUGAGGAUGAAGAAUUUGAUGGAGUUGUUGAAGCAGAUUUUGCCUUCUUUGAUCCAAAACCAGAAGACUUCCAUGGUGUGAAAACGUUGCUGCAAUCCUACCAUGAUAACAAGGAAUGGGAUUUGAGCGGCUUUGUAGACUUGAUAUUGGGACAAACCACUGUUGGAACUGUUGUUAAAUUAGAGGAUGAUGAAGACAAAGGAGUUUUUUCUAUAAUUACUGCCCUUAAUUUGGGGAGAUAUAAGGAUCACAAAUGUAUUUCAGAGCUCAAGGAGUUCCUUCUUAAAUUAUGCCUGGAGAAAGAUAAAAUAGGAAACUUGAGAUCACUUUUGGGAGAUAAAGCACAGGAUGUGGGUCUCUUGGUUUCCCAACGUGUCGUGAAUCUUCCUCCUGAACUCUUGCCCCAUCUUUAUGAUGCAUUGUUUGAUGAAAUCUUGUGGGCUACAGAAGAUGAGCCCACGGAGGAGUUGCGUAAUUCCUUCCGGUUCAAAUUUUACAUUGUAGUAAGCAAAAUUUACAAGCACAAGAAUGCAAAUCAGAAAAGGACUUCAAGCACCGACAAAGAUGAUGCUUUCAUAUAUAUUAAGCCAGAAGAAGAGAUUUUACAUAAGCUGAGCAUGUGGUCCUUCCUUUUUCCUUUGCAAACUCAGCAGGUCGUAGCUCACGAGCUAAAAGAUUACCAGCUAAAUGGGAUUGUCAUGGCUGUCAAAGCGGAAGGCAUUUCCUCAUUCCGACAGCAAUUGCGUACUUUGAUAAGCGAGUCCUGAAUCUCGUAGAAGGAAUGCAAAAAUUUUGAUACUGUGGCUACUACUUUUUGUUUUUGUUGAACUUGGAAGAUUCUGCACAAGUUUGGUCCUAGUAAAAUGUUCAAGAUGCAGUCUGGUAAUGGCCGGUGAUAUUCUUGUACCACUUGCGUUGAGGUGAGACUCCAAUUUUGUACGUUUAGCCAACACACUGGCCUGAUUUUGGUGACAUUUUUUGUUGGAAUGAAAUUGUUGUG